UACAGACAGGACCAUGCAAGGACGAAUUUCACGGAAAUAUGGAUUUAUAAGUUGUUCAACCGACGGAUAAAAUGAUAAACAUAAUGUAAAUUCCAAGAGCGCUUUCCUCUGUGUGGACGCGUCGUAACCACGUGACGUGUUGUGUUUACAUCCUCUCCUCUCAACUGUUCUUUCCAGCACUCCGAAAAAAACCACUCGCUCCUUUCAACUUUCUAUCCUCCGCAGCCCGCUUUCAAUAACCACAAAAUAAGAACUCUUAACAUAAGCUCUAAAUGUUUCCUUGUGCCUCCAUGAACCGCCGCAUUGCGCCCGGAUCGACGAGCAGUAACUAAAUGCGACACGACAUCGUUGUCAAUUGCUGCUCAGAGAUGACACUUGUGUGAGGAGUCACAUCAGCUGUAUAGUUUUCAGGCCAAAAAAAACACGUUUUUGUCGGUAUGGGGGGAGCCGUGAGCGCCGGGGAGGACAACGACGAUCUCAUCGACAACCUGAAGGAGGCACAGUACAUUCGCACGGAGCGAGUGGAACAGGCUUUUCGUGCCAUUGAUCGCGGCAACUACUAUCUGGACGGUUACCGGGACAGCGCCUACAAAGACUUGGCAUGGAAACACGGCAACAUCCACCUGUCAGCACCAUGCAUUUACUCUGAGGUGAUGGAGGCGCUCAAGUUGCAGCCGGGACUUUCCUUCCUCAACCUGGGCAGUGGGACAGGCUACCUGAGCACCAUGGUUGGCCUCAUCAUUGGUCCAUUUGGUGUGAACCAUGGUGUGGAGCUCCACAAGGAUGUGGUGGAAUAUGCCAGAGACAAGCUGGAUAGUUUCAUAAAGACCAGCGACAGCUUUGAUAAGUUUGAGUUCUGUGAGCCUGUCUUUGUGGUGGGAGAUUGCCUUGAAAUCUCUACAGAUAGCCACCAGUAUGAUCGCAUUUACUGCGGCGCUGGGGUGCAGAAAGACCAUGAAUAUUAUAUGAAAGAACUGCUCAAAGUCGGGGGUAUCCUGGUGCUGCCUAUCGAGGAUCAGCUGACACAGAUCACCAGGAUGGGCCAGUGCAUGUGGGAAAGCAAAAACAUCUUAGCCGUGUCCUUUGCACCUCUGGUCCAGCAGAGCAGAGCUGAAGGCGACAAGCCAGACAGUGUACAAUUGCCCCCCGUGACAGUGCGCACCCUCCAAGACCUGUGCCGCAUCUACAUCCGCCGCACCCUCCGUGAGCUGGCGGGCAGCGGCGAGGAAGACAGUCAGGCCCGACGCACAGGAGCACAACGAGUGCCUCAAAAGCGAAAGCGGCGACACUGCCGGCGGCGCCGCAUCAACACGUACGUCUUUGUGGGCAACCAGCUCAUCCCGCAGAUGGUGGAAAGCGAGGAGGAGCACGCCGACGAGGAGCACAAGGAGGCCGACGCCGACGAGGAGGAGGACAAGGAGGAGAGAGACCUCGGCGACGUUGAGAUCCUCAAGCAGGCCAAUUUGUUUAGAGACCAGAUCCUGGCUCUGCCCCUGCCCGAGUCUCUCAAGGAAUAUUUACUGUACUACAGAAAAAAGUGACUGGGGCAAAGGUGCACAUGUAGCAUUAUUUCCACUUUAUUUUGAUGGCAGGACUCAACGUCACAGUUCACACUGGAUAAUAAUGUUGACAUUUUCGUUUGUAUAUGUUGAAUUUCCUUUUGAUUUUUUUUUUUUUUUGUAUAUAAAAUGUACAAACAAUGAAAAUGAGGACGCAAGAGAAAUUCAGUGUCCACUGGAACCUCCAAAGUGGAACACAAUCCCUUCUAUAAGUAAUUUUCAAUGAAACUAUAUUCCUGCUAUCACCCUCUACAGGAGAUUAACAUUUUGUAUUACAUUUGUAAAUUUUGUAAACAUGAAGGCUGUUAUUAACUCAUUCAUUGCCAUUGAUGGCGCUAGAUGUACAAUCCAUUUGAAGUGGGUGGGCUAGCAAUGAAUGAUCUUUUAAUACCAUUGACAGCAAAAGAUGGCCAGUCCAUUUUGACUGCCGUUCUUUCCCAAAUCAAAAUGGGUUGAACGUCUAUCUCCGUCAAUAGCAGCCAGUGAUUUACUGUGGAGGAGCUGGCAGAGACACCCCUCCCUGUUAAAAUGGACGAAUGGACUGGAAGUCUGUCUCCGUCAGUAGCAGCAAAUGAGUCAAAUAGGUUUAGAGUGCCCACGAGUUUUUUUUUCUCUUUUACAUUUUUUCCCAAUUAAAAAAAAUAGUUUGAAAACAAUGUUUUGUGAUUCAACUUUGGGAGUGUCAUGAGUUGACUCAUUCACUAUCACAGGACAAUUGAUGGCUAUAGAAGCCAAAAAUGUAGGUCACAUGGGAAAGCUGGCAAUGAAUGUGUAUCUAUAAAUUUUCUUGAGAUUUUGCAACAGAAAAAAAUUGAAAUUUUGAUGUGAAUUUAAAGCUUUCCCGCUCCUGCGGCUUUCCACUUUAGAGGUUCUAAUGUAUGUGAUUACGUGAAAUCAUUGUUUCAUAAUCAUGGAUGAGAGGAAACUUGAUGGGGGUUUUCUACCUAAGAGGUGACGUAACCCUUUUUUUCUACAGGUUCACCUUGUACUGCAACCUUUUUAAACAGAAGCGCUGAUUUGACUUGAUAUGGUAUUUGUUGGAGCGGGGAGAGAACAAAAACCUCUAGUUUGGUGUUGCAUGAACACGCUCUUCCAUGGGGGAUCGUCCACUGAUUGAUUCAUUCAUGCCAAUCAAGUGAGACUAAUCUGGAGUGAUUUCAGCUUUUGUUUUGAAAGUGAUGCAAAUUUCAAAGCCUUUUUCUAUAACAAAGCACCUUAUUGUGGUUUGGGGUGAAGUGGGGGGGAGGAUCAUUUUUACAGCAGAAUUCUAUUAAAUGUACCGAUUAAAGUCAACUUGUAUAGCGACGGCGUUUUUAAAGUGCCAAUGUCACACGUAGGAGACGACAUUCCAUGUUUUUUUUUUUUUUUUUUUUAAGGGUCACGUGUACUCUGACCUUUACCUUAGUCUUACUUUGAAUGAUUCAUAUAGUGUUUGAAGAAAAAGCUGAAAGGAAAACUAUAUAUAAAUAUACAUAUAUGGAUAGUCUAUACAGUUUCAUUUAUGGUUUGUUGUAGCACCUUCUUGCUGUACUGUAACAUGACACUGGCAAAUCUAUACACCAAAACUCCACUGCUGUGUGUUAAAUAGAUGCAUAUAUAGAAUAGUCUCUCUUGAUGACAAAUACUCUGAUAGGGGUAGGGGGAAAAAAUCACUUAUGAUUGCUUUUUCGUUAGGAUAAUGGUAAGUUGACUUAUUCCCCCUUCCUUGUGUUUCCCUUUUUAACAUUUGUCAUAAAGCUUUGAAAAAGCAAUAAUUUGUCAUGGAUGAAAAAAAAAAAUCACUCAUGUUUGAAAUGCAUUAUGGCCAUUUACUGCCAUUAACAACAACAGACGUCCAAUUCAUUUAAACUGGGAGGGCUCGCAUUGAAUGAUUAUGUUCCAGUGCCAUUGACGACGAUAGACGUGCAAUCCAUUUUGACGAAGCCCUGUGAAUUUGGAUUGAAUGUAUCUCUGUCAAUGGCAAUGAAUGAGUGAAAAGUCAUGACACAUUAUGGAGACACUUUAAAUAGUGGAACUUCCAAAAUUCAACAUCAUCCAUUCUGUCAUCUACUGUUGUUAAUAUACGUUGCUGAGAAAUGAACACUUUUAUAUUCACAGGUGUGCAUCUAUUUGAUGGUUUUGUUCAUGGCAAAGCAGUGCGAGUUGAGGAACUUCAGAAAGAAAAAAAAUGUAGUGCCUUGUUGCCAUCUUGAAGAAGGUUAAAUUGAGUUGAUGAGCUUUAUUUAUACAAACUUAGUGCUUUGCCACCAUUUUAGUGGAAACACACCAGCCAUAAGUAAGGUGGCAUUAUCCAGCAAUAUAAUAAAUACAAUUUUAUACUCAGCCUUUUAAAACACUAACAAAGAAAUGACAGUAAGGCUGGUGUAGAGGUGUUUUUGAAUGUAAUUUCAUUCUACAGAUAUCACUGCAAUUUGUAAAGCAACUGCAAUGAUUUUUCAUUGUAUGUUAGAACAAAUUUUUUAGUUCUAACAUACAAUGAAAAAUGAAGGUUCAUUUAGGAGCGAAACUCAUAUACGAGGCUAAACCUAGUUCAUCCUUGGCACCCAAAGUUUGUCUCUGUCAAAAUAUAUCAUUAUUAAUAGACUUUUUUGACAUUUAGUUGCAUCAAUUUCCUAUCUCGAUUGGCCUAUGGUGGAUUCUUGAGGCAUGUUAGAGCAUUUCAGGUGGAAAUGGCUGAAUAUGUAAAUAACUCAUAUUUUCCAUUUGGUUGACUUUGGAUGUUCCACUGUAUUUUGAAACAAUGUAAUAGAGCCAAUUUUCUGGUUAUUUCAAGCAGGAUGAAGAGCCAAAAUAUAUUGAUAUAUUUGAGGGUGGUGAGUGACAUUUGUCACUGGCUUCAUUCAGUUCAUUUGGAAAAUGUGUUGUUUUUCUGUGGAUGUUUGGCACCAGAAUAAAGGUCACAAUCGCAAUCUUCUGUCU